AUGAACCAAGGAAAUCGACCCGUUGCUUGUUCGACCCCGACGCCGAAGAAAUGCGUGGUGGCGUUGAGGACCCUACAGAGUUUCGCCAUCUUCCAGCCCGUCUGCCUGUGCCGGGAGCCGGAAGAGGAUGCGGAGUGCAACCUCUAUAAGAACAUGUUCUUCGAUCAUCCCUGCCUCUACUUCGAUCCUCCAGGUGGAGAUCGCGAGGGGAUCGUGGAAGCCCUGCCCACGUGUGACUAUGCCGAGGAAUUGUGCGAAAAGGAUUCCAGCUGUUCCCGGCUCUAUCGACGUUUUCGGAUGGCUUGCGGUGACCUGCCUCAUUGCAAUGGGGACGACUGCUACCAAGCCUGGUCGGACCUGCGACAUACGCCUUUCUUCGGCUGCCUCUGUCCCCCGCAUCAUCCUCGGAAUGCGCGGUGUCUGAGCGUCUUCAAAGCAGUCGCUGCCCAUCCCUGCCUACACUACGUGCCGAGCAGCGUGUGGAAGGCUCGCGGGACGAGGAACGUGGUCGAGGGAUUGCGAGGCGGCGCGGACCUCCUGGCGUCGACCAGUUUGCAAGUCUUCGUGGGUGCAUGGGAGGAGAUAAAGGACUCGUGCGAUAUUGCAAUGGAUGGAUGCAUGACUGACACACGUUGCAAAGACCUCAUUGGCUCGGCAGUGUCUUCGUGUGACCCCCGUCUCUGCUCUCAAGACGCUUGUGCAUCCACCCUGAACCACUUCCAUGCCCAGUCUUCGACGGAGCACCAUGGAAACCUGGCCUUCUGCACUUGCAGGAGAUCUAGUAGCGAAGGGGGGAAAUGCAUGCAGUCUCUGGAGAGGUUAUACCCUUCUUGCUACUAUAAGCCGCUCUCUCAAGGAGGGCCUUCUUGUCUGGAUGUUGUUCGUCGCUGCAAAGGAGAUUUUGACUGCCAGACAAAACUGAAGAGAUACCAGAGCUCAUGCGCGGCAUCAAGUGCAGGAACUGCAUGUGCCGGAGGGUGGAAGGAGUGCGCCGCUGCCUUCCAGGACAUUCUCGCUUCCCCACUUCUUGUCGCUUGUACGUGCAAUGAGGCGUCCGGACUGGAUGCGCUCCUCUGUCAAGGUUGGAUGAGGAUCCUCUGGCACAAUCCUUGCUUGGAGGAAACGAUCGGAGAAUAUCAGACAAGAAACCCUCCCAAGCCCCUUCCAGAGACGACGACAAAAAUUGUGAAGACGAGCACAAGUUCUGCUGUGACACCUAAGGUGGAAAUGGAAGCCCCGGAGCCUAAGAAGGUGAUCCACGGCCGGAGGACUCAACUCCCUGCAGCUGCACCGCCAGGGAACUCCUCUUCCAGGGAUCGAUCCCUGGAUGGAGCAGUGAUGCAACAGCCGAGCGAUUCUGCUGCCGCAUCCCAUCGGAGUGCAAAUGAUGUCGCCCAGAAUGGAUAUUGCAGCAUAGGAGAGGAUUUCGGGGUGCUCCUCAUCCCCGAAGGAGAACAUAGACGGGUGAGCUAUUGA